AUUUUAGUUUAGUUGUGGUUUAGUAAUCAGAGCGAUCGGUACGUUCGUUGUUUGUACUGAAUAGAAAACGGAAGGCUGGAAAAACGACGACCCAAACUCAAACCAAAUGGAAAUUUAAGUGAAAAUUUUCGCCCCCCCGAAAACACUACUCGGUCAACUACAAAAAAAAAAGAGCCAAAAGUGACAAAGCUUUCAGUUUGGUCAGACAGACAUUUUGCUGAGUGCAAGAUUCAAAUUAACUCAAAUAGAUUUGAGAUUGAAACGUUUUAAGCGAGUUAAGAGAUAUCAUCACCAACAAAAAAAAGAAAAACAUCACAUCACAUUUGACCUGAUUUUUGGUGCUUUCUUUUAGUAUGUGUCCGGUCUCGAAACGAAUUAAUAGCGAAGCCAAAAAGGAAUUCAUUCUUAUGUGAAGUGAACAUAAUUCAAAAAUUCCUACAAGAAAAAAAAUAAACAAGCAAAAAUUUUUACGAAAAAAAAUCCAAUUCAAUUCAAUUAAGAAAGGCAAAACAAAACCUACCAAAAAAAAAUCUGCAUUUAAUAGAUUCGCAUACUUGUUCUGCGUUUGUGCCCAGCAAACCAGCACUUUAAUGAACGAAAGAAUUUUGUUAAUUAAUCAAAAGUUCUCCUCUCAUAAUUGUACACGAAAAAGAGCAGCAGCUUUUAACCACAUUAUUAAUUUAAACGUUAUUAAAUUAAUUUAAUUAGAAAAAUACCAAGUCAUUAGAAACACUCAUACACACUCACACAGCUACUCGGCCACACUCACACAAACAUAAGGCAACAACUUUUUAAGGGAACAUUCCCAAAACCCAAGGAAAAGUAAAAUCCACAAAGUAAAUGUCUUGCUCUCCCUAAAAAAAAAAAAAAAAAACAGUGUCGUGCGCCAAGUAUUUAAUUUAAUUGAAAUCCACAAAAAAGGAAGAAACAAAAGUUUCUUAAACGAAAAUUAAAAAGAAAACACGAAAUUUAAUGCAUUUUAGUUAAGAAACAGAAAAGAAGAAAAAAACAAAGCCAGCAUACAAGAAAAACCACAUCCAAUCAUUUGUGUUGCAAAACCCCCUCGCAAGGAAUACCAGAAAUCUAAACUGCCAAGCGCAAGACGCUAAACUACGGUGUAAAAAACCAAACAAACAAACUCACCUCUACUCGGUCGUCUUCCCAGCAGUCAGUCCACUCUGCUCACAAUCACAUCGCCAUGAGACAACGUAAACUGAUAUUAUGCCACAAUGCCUAUGGAUUUUUAGUUCUAUUUUCUUCAUUGCUUUUCAUUUUAAUGAGCAUAUCCUGUGUCGCUGUAUCAGGUGCACGCCAUGAUCGCCAGAAAACAUCACAUUUGGAGGCCAAGGUUGGCUCAUAUGUAGUCUUCAAUUGUUACAUUGAUUUUCCCUACGAUCUGCCCAUACCCUAUGUGGUCCACUGGAGCAAAGAUGAUAAACGCAUCUUUACAUGGUUUGAAGGCGAAACAUCUGCAAAUGACCUGUAUAGUGGACGCCUACAUCUCAUUACGAACAAUGAGGAAUAUGGUAAAGCAAGUGCAAACCUUACUUCGAUACGUGAGUCGGAUCAGGGUUGGUAUCACUGCCAAAUUGUUUUUCCCAAUCGUACACCAAGUGUACGGAACAAUGGUACCUGGUUCCAUCUAUCAGUACAAGGUGGUUCCCUAAUAAAAAUACCCCCAGUGAAUCAGACAAUUAUGGAGGGACAAACAGCAUUCUUUCACUGCGUGAUGAAAUACCCCAAUUCAUCGGAGACAUCAUGGUACAAAGACGGUGUCCUCUUGCAAGAGAUACCUGACCUAAUGCGGCGCUCUCGUCUCAGUCCACAGGGAAGUUUGAGCAUUGAUCCGACAAUGAUGAGCGACAAUGGCGAAUAUGAAUGCUCCGUGCGCAGCAAUGAGGAUGAAAUACAAACCGCCAAAUCAUUUCUGAAUAUCCAGUAUAAGGCUAAAGUGAUUUAUGCACCACCUGAGGUAUAUCUGCCAUAUGGUCAACCGGCCGUGCUUGAUUGUCAUUUUCGCGCUAAUCCCCCCCUAAAGAAUCUAAGAUGGGAAAAGGAUGGCCUGCUCUUCGACUCGUAUAAUGUGCCUGGUGUAUUCUACAAAAUGAAUGGCAGCCUGUUCUUCUCCAAAGUGGACGAAUCACAUGCGGGCAGUUAUACGUGCACACCAUACAAUGACCUGGGCACGGAUGGACCAUCGCCUGUCAUUAAUGUAAUUGUUUUGCGACCACCAAUAUUCACAAUAACACCAAAAGCAAUUUACAUACAGAAAUUAGGCGAAUCAACGCAUAUGACAUGCCAGGCCAUUGAUAGGGAUGGCAGUAAUCAUCCAUCGAUUGAAUGGAAAAGGAAAGAUGGUCAACCUUUGCCUUCGGAUCGAGCAAUUGUAGAUGAUGGUAACCUCACUUUAACUGGUCUCACCGAAGCAGAUCGUGGUAUCUAUGAAUGCGUUGCUGCAAAUGAAGCAGCCACGAUAACAGCUGAAACGGAACUCAUGAUAGAGAAUAUAGCUCCCAGGCCACCAUUUAAUUUAACAGCCAAUAGCACAGAGACUUCCAUAACUGUGCGAUGGCAACCAGGAUAUUUGCGGCCCAAUCUCGAAUAUACUGUCUGGUAUCGUCUAACGGAUGCUCCCGAAUGGCGCACCAUGCGUAUUAUCCAGAAGAAUGUCAUGGAGGCUACCAUACCGCAUCUGCUACCGGGUCGCGAAUACGAAUUUAUGGUCCUGAGUCAGGAUAAAUAUGGCGAUGGCAUGUUCAGUAAACAAUUUCGAUUUGCAACACAACCGUCGUCAACGCAAGCUGCUGGUUCGGAGCAGGAUAACAUCGAAGGCGACCUCUCGUCUGUGCAACAAUCACAGCAACGUGUUAACUACCCAUCAUCGAGUGGCGGCAGCCUAAGUGCUCCAUGGAAUUUAAGUGCCAUUAAUAACCAGCAAGGAUGGCUGUUACACUGGGAGCAGCCAUUGCAUGGCAUGGACAUGUUGCGCCUGUACACGGUGCGCUGGUGGAAGGAGCCCGAACAUCAUCUGGUUGGCACAGUCGAAACUUUUGACAAUUUCUAUCAAUUGCGGCAUUUGAAAGAGGAUUCAACAUUCACCAUUCAAGUGCUGGCCAUUUCGAUGGACGGUGCCCAAGUGCCGGGCAGUGAAUUACGCAUUGAAGUGCCAUCACAUCGUAAAAUGCGCGCCCUACUAAUUGGCAGCUCGAUUGGCAUAGCAUUCCUGUUGUGUGCCCUUGUCGCCUUUUUGUAUGUGAAACGCAAUUGCCUGCGCCAUUUAUUUAGCGGCACGGUGAUGGAUGAGGGCGAUGAUGGCGGCAGCACAAUGGAAGAUGGCGGUGACAGCGAUUCCAAUAGCCAUGACAUAGAGAAGAUACACAAUACCUGAGUAUACGAGAUAACGUGGCGGUUUCGUAAUUAAUACAUAAAAUCAAUUAAUUGUGAAAGGCUAUUUUUCGUUACCCACCAUCACCACCACCACCACCAUCAGAAUCAUCACCUCCCUUGACCAUCCCUGCAAUAUCCUUCCAUGUCAUUGCAAUUCCUCUAUGCAAACAUGUCAACGAUUGAUUUUGUCAGUCUGCUGCCAUUUCCGUUGCUGUCCUCUCGCCUUGAUGGACGGACAGCUUGAACCUGCAGUUGCAGCGGCCACAGGUGCCAACCGCCCAUUUGUAUUAUUCCGGAUGCCCCACGUUAACGUUGUUUAAAAAAAUGUUGCCGCUUUUGUUUAACUCGUUUAUUUUUUGCCAUAAGAACACUCUCUUUGUAAGCUUGCCAUUUAAGAGAUUUUUAAAUAAGUUUUAUUUUUUUGUUGGUUUGAGUGACUUUAAAGCCAUUAUCGUCAUUAUCGCCAUUCUGAACAUUUUUAUUUUUCUAUGUAUUUAUUUGCCCCAUAUUCUUCUUUAGCAGUAUUAAGAUUGAUGCUAUUAAACCAUGCACUGGGAAUCAUUGCAAGUUUAGUCUCCCAUGAAACAUGAAAGGUAUAUUUAAAUUAACGAAAUAAUCUGCAAUUAAUUCGAAACUAAUUUAAUAAAAAUAAGUUGAAAAUAAAAUGGAAAUGUAACAUUUAAA